AUGAAGCAGGAGGAGCUGUCUGAUCGUCUGGAGAACAAACAUUCUACUGCAGUUUGUCAACGUGAACUUAAAUCUAGUCUGAAGGAGAAGUUCCAGUGUGUGUUUGAGGGGAUUGCUAAAGCAGGAAACUCAAUUCUUCUUAAUGAGAUCUACACAGAGCUCUACAUCACAGAGGGAGAGACUGCAGAGGUCAAUGAUGAACAUGACAUCCAACAGAUUGAAACGGCAUCCAGGAAACUAGACAGACCAGAAACAAUCAUCAGACCAGAAGACAUCUUUAAAGCCUCACCUGGAAGACAGAAACCAAUCAGAAGAGUGAUGACAAAGGGAGUGGCUGGCAUUGGGAAAACAGUCUUAACACAGAAGUUCACUCUGGACUGGGCUGAAGACAAAGCCAACCAGGACAUCCACUUCACAUUUCCAUUGACUUUCAGAGAGCUGAAUGUGUUGAAAGAGAGAAAGUUCAGCUUGGUGGAACUUGUUCAUCACUUCUUCACUGAAACCAAAGAAGCAGGAAUCUGCAGCUUUGAAGAGUUCCAGGUUGUGUUCAUCUUUGACGGUCUGGAUGAGUGUCGACUUCCUCUGGACUUCCACAACACUGAGAUCCUGGAUGAUGUUACAGAGUCCACCUCAGUGGAUGUGCUGCUGACAAACCUCAUCAGGGGGAAACUGCUUCCCUCUGCUCACCUCUGGAUAACCACACGACCUGCAGCAGCCAAUCAGAUCCCUCCUGAGUGUGUUGACAUGGUGACAGAGGUCAGAGGGUUCACUGACCCCCAGAAGGAGGAGUACUUCAGGAAGAGAUUCAGAGAUGAGAAGCAGGCCAGCAGCAUCAUCUCCCACAUCAAGACAUCACGAAGCCUCCACAUCAUGUGUCACAUCCCAGUCUUCUGCUGGAUCUCUGCUACAGUUCUGGAGGAUGUGUUGGAAACCAGAGAGAGAGGAGAGCUGCCCAAGACCCUGACUGAGAUGUACAUCCACUUCCUGGUGGUUCAGACCAAAGUGAAGAAGAUCAAGUAUGAUGGAGGAUCUGAGACAGAUCCACUCUGGAGUCCAGAGACCAGGGAGAUGAUUGAGUCUCUGGGAAAACUGGCUUUUGAUCAGCUACUGAAAGGAAACCUGAUCUUCUAUGAAUCAGACCUGACAGAGUGUGGCAUCGAUAUCAGAGCAGCCUCAGUGUACUCAGGAGUGUUGACACAGAUCUUUAAAGAGGAGAGAGGACUGUACCAGGACGCAGUGUUCUGCUUUGUCCAUCUGAGUGUUCAGGAGUUUCUGGCUGCAGUCUACAUGAUCCACUGUUACACCAACAGGAAGACAGAGGUGCUGGAGGACUUCCUGGGACAAAACUACAAUGACUCAACUCUGGAUGUCUUCCUGAAGAAGGUCAUGGAGAAAUCCCUGCAGAGUAAAAGUGGUCACCUGGACCUGAUGGUUCGCUUCCUUCAUGGCGUCUGUCUGCAGUCCAACCAGAGACUGUUAAGAGGUCUGCUGGGUCAGACAGAGAUCAGUCCAGAAAUCAUCCAGAGAGCCAUCAACAACCUGAAGGAGAUGAACAUGUCCAACAUUUCUCCUGACAGAAACAUCAACAUCUUCCACUGUCUGAUGGAGAUGAACGACCUCUCAGUUCAUCAGGAGAUCCAAGAGUUCCUGAAGUCAGAGAACAGAUCAGAGAAGAAACUCUCUGAGAUCCACUGCUCAGCUCUGGCCUACAUGCUGCAGAUGUCAGAGGAGGUUCUGGAUGAGUUGGACCUGAAGAAGUUCAACACAUCAUGGGAGGGACGGCAGAGACUGAUUCCAGCUGUGAGGAACUGCAGAAAGGCUGAAUUUUCUGAGUGUGGACUCUCAGAGAGUCACUGUGAAGUUGUGGCCUCAGCUCUGAAGUCCAACCCCUCCCAUCUGAAAGAGUUGGACAUGAGUUACAACAACUUCCUGCAGGAUUCAGGAGAUUCAGAUGUGAAGCAGCUUCUUGAUCUUGUGAAGAGUCCAGACUGUAGACUGGAGACUCUGAGAUUGAGGUGGUGCAGUUUGUCAGAGAUCAGCUGUGAUUCUCUGGUCUCAGCUCUGAAGUCCAACCCCUCCCAUCUGAAACAUCUGGAGCUGAGUAAAAACUUCAACCUGGAGGAUCCAGGAGUGAAACAUCUGUGUGGUUUUCUGGAGAGUCCAGACUGUAGACUGGAGACUCUGAGAUUGAUUCACUGCAGUUUGUCAGAGAUCAGCUGUGAUUCUCUGGUCUCAGCUCUGAAGUCCAACCCCUCCCAUCUGAAACAUCUGGACCUGAGUGAAAACAACCUGCAGGAUUCAGGAGUGAAACAUCUGUGUGGUUUUCUGGAGAGUCCAGACUGUAGACUGGAGACUCUGGAAUUGGUUGAUUGCAGUUUGUCAGAGAUCAGCUGUGAUUCUCUGGUCUCAGCUCUGAAGUCCAACCCCUCCCAUCUGAAACAUCUGGACCUGGCUUACAACAACCUGCAGGAUUCAGGAGUGAAACAUCUGUGUUGUUUUCUGGAGAGUCCAGACUGUAGACUGGAGACUCUGAGAUUGAGUCGCUGCAGGUUUUCAGAGAUCAGCUGUGAUUCUCUGGUCUCAGCUCUGAAGUCCAACCCCUCCCAUCUGAAACAUCUGGAGCUGAGUAAAAACAACCUUGAGGAUUCAGGAGUGAAACAUCUGUGUGGUUUUCUGGAGAGUCCAGACUGUAGACUGGAGACUUUGGGAUUGAGUCGCUGCAGGUUGUCAGAGAUCAGCUGUGAUUAUCUGGUCUCAGCUCUGAAGUCCAACCCCUCCCAUCUGAAACAUCUGGAGCUUAGUCUCAACAACCUGCAGGAUUCAGGAGUGAAACAUCUGUGUGGUUUUCUGGAGAGUCCAGACUGUAGACUGGAGACUCUGGGAUUGAGGUGCUGCAGUUUGUCAAAGAUCAGCUGUGAUUAUCUGGUCUCAGCUCUGAAGUCCAACCCCUCCCAUCUGAAACAUCUGGACCUGAGUGGAAACUUCCUGCAUUAUUCAGAUGUGAAGAAGCUUCUUGAUCUUGAGAAGACUCCAGACUGUAGACUGGAGACUCUGAUAUGAGUGGAGGCUGUGAGUCAUUGUUCGCAACAUGGGAGAGUUUGCACAGAGAGAGGAUGAGCUGAGUCCUGAUGAUCCAGAGGUUGAAUCAGCAGCAGCUUGUGUGUAGAGAGACUCUGACUGGACCAUGUUACUGGGAGGUGGAGUCAAGAGGAGAGCUUCAUCCACAUGUUUCUCAUUUAACAUCAUCAACAGAGCUGAAAUCAAUCUAUUCUAACAGAACCAACAAAUUAAGUCCAGUUCCUCUUGAAUUAUUCAGACACAUAAAUAUAAUUUUUUUGCAGUUAUUAUUUUCAGAUGGAGCCAAAGUUCCACUAAUGGCAUAUAUGAAGUCAUGGAUAAAUGCAUAUUAUUAUCAUUGUUGAUAAUUGUUAUUAAAUAUCAUGCAAAGUAAAGGUGGGAAAUGUUCUUAUGAUUUUACUAUAAUGAUUAAUACUUUCCUGUUAUCAUUAGUUUAAUAUUUUUAAUGUCAGGCUUUAAGAUUAUGCUUAUUCAUUCUUCGUAUCAUCAUAUAACCAUGUCAACACUUCAAUGACAACACAUAAAUUUCAGGUCAUCUGGCAAGAAGUGGGCAAAAGGACGGUCCCCAGGUUUGUUUGAAUACUUUGGAUUUGGUUUAAUGGGAUGUUUAUUUGACUGGUAGACGAACUGUCCUGUGUUGUUUCUUUUGUUAGUUAAUGUGUUAGUGUUUUAUGUUGUUCCCUUUGUGUGUACUUGGCCUGAUCAGCUACUAUAUAAGUCCCCUCUGUUCUCUGUUCAUUAGGUCAGUGGAGUUUUGUUAGGGCAGUUGGUUUGUCAAGUUGCUUUAUUAUUAUAGCCUGAGUUCAGUUUUGUUAUUUGACCUCUUGUAUGGGCCCAGAACUUAUUUGUAUUUUGUGAAUUGUUUUUAAAAAUCUACCUGUGACUCCUCAUGUUUUGCAGCUCGGUCCCUCACAAGGACGAUGAUUAAGUGAGUUAGUUUAUUUCAAACGUGUACAACAAAACACACAAAAUAAUCAUACAUGAAUGGACACAAGAAACAUAAAUAACUGUAAAUGAAAUGAAACAAAACAUUGUAUCACUUGAAUAAAUGGAGUAACUUAAGUGGAGCAGAUGAAGCAAAUAGUUAAGUAUUUGUGAUUAUGAGAAAAUAAUUAUAAAGAAAAUAAUGAGGAUUUUUGUGCAGUGCUUAGUGCAAUGUAUGUGUUUUUAUGCAAGAAAAGUAAAUAAAGGUAUGUUGAUCAAA